UAUCAAAUCUGAUGAUUCUGAUCUCUAGUUGUGGUCUACGUGAAAUUAAUCCAUUCUAAAUUCUCAUCCUAAAUUCUGAUAAUAAGCUACUGGCUAUUUCCACUCUUGCUCCUCCCGUGAGAGAGUAGUUCGAGCUCUUCAUCGUCUGGCUCUUUCGCUUGCAAAACAUAAUCAGGCCUGAGAGAUUGCCAGUUCAAUAGUUACAGCACUACAUCUCCGGCAGUCUUUAUUAUAAAAGCUGGGAAAACAAUGGCAGUCAAAACCGUAAUUAUAUUCGACUUUGAUCGGACGCUGAUUGAAGACGACUCCGACCGAUGGGUUAUCGAACAGAUGGGCGUCACCCAUCUGUUCGACCAGCUCCGACUCACAUUGCCUUGGACCUCUCUGAUGGAUAGGAUGGUGGAGGAAAUACAUAAACAAGGGAAAACGGUUGAAGACAUAGCAGAAUGUUUGAAGCAUGUCCCAUUGCAUCCACGGACCAUUUCAGCUAUAAAGUCAGCUCAUGCCCUUGGAUGUGACUUAAAAAUAGUGAGUGAUGCAAAUCAAUAUUACAUUGCUACCAUAUUGAAGCACCAUGGAUUGUAUGAUUGUUUCUCAGAAAUCAUAAGUAACCCGACCACCACUGGUGGGGAAGGUAGGAUGCAAAUAAUUCCUUACCAUGAUUUGGCUUCACCUCACAGUUGCAAUCUUUGCCCUCCCAACCUAUGCAAGGGUCUUGUAAUGGAGCAUGUCCAAGCUUCUAUCCCUGAGAAAGUGUGUGCAACAUUCAUUUAUAUAGGAGAUGGAAGAGGUGAUUAUUGCCCCACUUUGAAGCUCAAUAAAGGUGAUCAUGUUAUGCCAAGAAAGGGAUUUCCUUUGUGGGAAUGUAUUUUUAGCAGCAACCCUGGGGUGCUGAUCAAAGCAGAUGUUCAUGAAUGGAGCAAUGGUGCAGACCUUGAAACGAUUCUACUCCAUCUUAUUGACAAAUGUUGCAGACACACGAAUAUACUAUCCUCCGUAUCAUAAUAGUUGCAACAUUGGAAAUUACACACUAUUCAUGUACUUUACUUUGAC